CCCGAAGGUAUACACUCGGUGGAUCGUGGAAAGCUAAAGCAGUGUUUUUCCGAGAGAAACGUGUAUUUCCGGGCGGGUAACUUGAAACGUUUAUGGAGUCUUGAAUAUUUUAUAAACACGAAUGCAGCUCAGAUAUAGAUUAUGUCUCUGCUUCAUGCUAUUGAUGAAGCCAUCAAAAUGUGCAAAGCUGAAGAAUCAAGACUGACAGAAAGCAUCAGACAGUCCAAGGACCUUUUAUGCUCAAUGAGAACCCGUGUGACUGACAUCAGUGGGUUGGAUCAUGCAGCUGCCAUCAGUACCAAAGACGAUUUUGUACCUAAAGAACAGCAAGAAAUUGAACUGCUGGAUAAAGUUUUAAAGAAAGCCCUGAAAAUUCGCAGUGCGUCUGAAUAUCAUAAGGAACUUUCCUCCGAGGGUGACAUCAAAAUGCUUCCUAAUGACAGCAGAAACAAAUCAGCCUUCAUUCAUAAAGACGAAAAUAAAAGAAAACUCGGUCAACGUGUGCGAUCAACUGGAAGCAGUGUUAAUUCUGGAGGGAUAUUUACACGGCCGGUUUCAGUUCAGAAAGCUCGUAUGGCUUUCGCAGGAAAGCAGUCAGCUCAGAAGAAGAUCUCUUCCACAGGAUCCCAGCAAACGAUCUGUGUUGAAACCACUAAUGCUAAAGAGCCACUGACAGAUCAGUCAAUGAAGAUGUCCUGCCAGCGUCUUUGUGAAGAUGUGCCUGUGUCCACAACAGGAACUUCACAAUCUAAUGAACAAUGGAUACAGUCUCCUUUAUUACCAGUUUGGCGAUCACAAAGAACUAAACAGAUCAGGUUGUGCAAUAAAGUACUAACUCAUCAGUCCAAGUCUGUACCAGAGAGAGCUCGUUUUACUGAGAGACUCCGCUCAACUUUUUCAUCAGAAUGGCCAUCUGGAUGUCCUGCAGAUAUCAAAGCAAAGCUGGACGUACUCACGCGGCGUUGUCUGGACCUGACGCACUGCUUUCAUGCCGAACUGAGCCGGCGUACUGAUCAGGGCUGCCCGGCGGGAUCACAGCCAGGUUCGUCGGGUGAGAAAUGGUUUGAGUCUUCACUGAUGCUUCAAGGUCUGGAGAAGAUGACUGAAGAACUACUAGCAUGUACUGAUGGUCUGAAGAAAGACUGGGAGAUGUGGAACAAGUGUCAGUCGGAAACUCUUUGUCCUGUCCGGAGAAAAGGGGAAUGGGGUGAUCCAGACUGUCCUUGUCUGCCGCCCGUCCUGUCUUACACCAGUGAAACUGAACUGAGACAACUGGAAACCCAAAGACUUCAAGUGGAACAACUACAGCAGGCUGUCAGCCUUCAACAGGCAAUGUCUGAUAAUCUUGCAUCAUACUGGACCAUGAUGGAUUCUGGUACGGAGCGGCCCAGUGCUGUGGUUUUGCGUGGCCUGUACUCGUUGCUGGCAGAGGGAGGGCUGCAGUUCCCAUCACUGGUUUUGGACUCUGAAUGAGCAAAAAUGACUUUAUUAGGGUAAUACACUUACAAUUCACAGAGCUCCGCAGGAAUAAUAAACCAUAUGCAGAUGACGGAUCCGUUAGUAUUUUCAUGUCGAGUGUAUUCUGUGUGAACCUUUGACUCAAAUGAUUAUCAUUCAUGUGAUUUGAGUAAAUUAUGAGGAAGUGCAGCUGGGCUUUAGAAAUGGGAAUAAAGCUUCCAGCUGAUUACUCUCAUGCGCAAUGAGUCAGGAUUUUAUUUAAUCCGAACACAUUAUCAUUUAUUUGGGUCUCUGCAGAGGUCUUCCUGUUUGAAUUCAACUACUUUAAGCCAUCACUUGAAUACCAAUGCAGUGGUAAUACAUUCAGUGUGAUGCCUGUAGAGAUGUGUUUGUGCCAGCAGAGGGCUGUGUGUUAUUUAUGCUGCUCUGAAUGUGUUACAAGAGAAAUAGAUGCAGAUCAUGGGUUAAGUAAAUUAACUUUAUUUCCCUUGUAGGGUUCAUUUGUUCGCAAUUUAAGGUUAAAAUGCAUCGUUUACUUACUCGCUGUAGUCCAAGUCUUCUGAUGACUUCAGCAAACCAAUUGGAACCAGAUGUUGUUCAUUGCUUUAUCUUUGAUCCGGUUGCAGUUUCACUUGUGUAAGCUCAUAAAGAGUUUGGUGUUUAUGGGAGUCACAACAGCAUUCGACAAUCAGAAAAAUUAGUAGUUGUCAACCAAAUUAUAGAUAAAUGGAUUUAGUGUGUACAUAAUUAAACUAAACACAGAGUUCAUUUCCAAACCCACACUCAUAAAAAUAAAGGUUUUAAAAAGAGGCUUCAAGGUCAUGGCAUAGGAAAACCACUUUGGGUUCACCAAAGGACCUUUUAAGUCUUUAAACUUUCUUAAAGGAUUACUCCACUUUCAUUAAAAAAAUCCUGAUAAUUUACUCACCCCCAUGUCGUCCAAGAUGUUGAUGUCUUUCUUUGUUCAGUUGAGAAGAAAUUCAUUUUUUUUAGGAAAACAUUCCAGGAUUUUUUUGUAUGGUGGAGUUUUAAUGCAGCUUUAAAGGGCUCUAAACGAUCCCACCCCAGGCUAGCAAAACCAUCGUCAUUUUUGACAAACAAAUAAAAAAGUACUUUUUAAAUCAAAACUUCUCGUCUUGCACUAGACAACACAACCUUACAUAUUACUUAAAGGUAGGGUAGCACAUUUGAUUCUGAAACAUUUUUAGUUAUGCUGGUUAAAAGUUUCCUCACAUCCUGAUAGCAAACACUAUGUUAAGUUGUUUAAAUGUAUUUGUAGAAAUUUAUGUCAUCUGUGAAAGGCGCAGGAUCAAAAAAUGUUCAACCAAUUAUAGAUCUCGGUCCGAACGGACGUUGCCUUUUUGUCUCUCAUCCGUAAGCAUAAUUUGAAUGCCCACCGCGCAGCUAGUCCACGCAGACACCAUACGUCAUUUUAUAACGUUUCACCAUACGUUUCUUUUAUAACAACAACAGCAAAAUCUGCCUGGAUCAGUAAAGAGCAAAAACCCAAAUUAACAUCGGCAACUUUACUGCUUUACCACGAGAUGCAAAUAGCUGCAGGAGGCAAAGGGUCUGAAACAUAAGCCGUUUCUCAAAACCAAGUACGCCGAACUCGGACUUGUGUCCUACGUAGUUCGAACUUGCAAGUUCAGACUCGGAAGAACGAACUCCUUACGCGAAAUGCAUUCUGGGAAACUUCGCUGUCAUAAGUCCACACAAGUCUCCUCUGAUGCAUCCUCGAUAAAAUGGGCGGAUCAAGAACACAUCUGGGGAUUUUAUGUGAACUUGGGCUUGAUGCGAACUUUGAAUUGGAACAGUACUUGGGCCGCGACUGAUGACGUUUCACAAGUCCACAAGAACACUCUCUUCCAUUGGUGAAAAUUGAAGCCGCCAGUGUCCCAAUAUGGCGCUGACAUCUUGGGUCUUGAGUCUGCGCAGUAGCGAUUUCGGGACCAGUCAUGCGCAGUAGUGAGCAGAAAGUAAAGCCGCUAAAUCAAGACCCCGCCCUUGCUCUCGCAGAAUGUGCAUAUCACACGAUAUCACAGCUGUCAAUCAUGACGUGACACCACCGUUUUUAUAUCAUUAAAUAACUAACUAAACACAAACUUAUUUUAAAAACAAACAUUUGAAUUUACAUCAGCGUGAUAAAAACUACAGUAAAUGACAGAAAGGAGCUUCGGAAAAAAUAUAAUUGAAGUGUAAUUAAAUUGUUUAGUUGGCCUCAAGUCCCACUGAAUAACAUGGGGAGGCGGGGUUUAUGUCCUAUACUGGGACCAGUCACUGGGGGCCAUCAAGACGUUUUGGCUUCACUUUUCAGGGCUUAUGCGGCACGCUUGGUCUGAAAGGGUCGUUGCACUGUUUAUUUUGGUAAGGUAGGUACGCGAUAUGUUUGUAUUGAGAUGGAUUCAGAUAUUCUACUUUGAUGAAACAUUGUGUUGCUUAUGAAAUUUGUGUUUGCUUACGGAUUAGCGUAACGAUAUAGUUACUAAGUCUACACAACCGAAUGUGUGCUUUAACUAAUUCUGAUGUAAACCAGUUGUUUAUGUUGGUUAAUUUGGUAAUGUCAUUCACUUUGUUCUGCAAAGUUUUCUCACUGGUGAAUGAGACAUGAGAUGUGACCGUCUGAUCUGUGCGUGUUCAUGUGUUUUGAAAGAGGUGUGACUUUGGAUGGCGAUUUGACUGAAGGGUGGGGUCGUGAUUUCAUUGCUAGGGGGCUACCGUUAGCAUUUUUCAAAAUGUGAUACCCUACCUUCAAUCAUGUUGAAAGGUCACACGUUGCAUAUUUUUGGUGAAAAUGACGAUGUUUCGCUAGAUAAGACCCUUAUAAUGGGGCUUUCACACGGGAUGCGAUGUGCGCUGCGCUAUUUUAAUGGCUUGCACCGCCUGUGGACGGUUUGUUGUUGCGUCGAGCAAAGCGCUCACACCUCGAUCAAAGUUCAAAAUAGUUUACUUUUGCAUUGCGCUCUGUGACGAUUACCCGUGCGGCCAAUAGGAACGAGGCAUUCAAACAAGCGCAAAAAGCUAAAUGGGCGAAAAGCUUGUACUGUGUGUGUCAGAAUUCCCGAAGCUUUAAAAUACAAGUUUAUGCUCCUACAGAGACAUCGGAAGGAAAGCUGUGUCAUGGAAACACGUAGCAAUUCAGGUUGGCAUGUCAGGUGUGUUUUAAGUCAGGUUGCUUCUUGUAGAUAGGCAGCUUAAGUUAAAUUAAAUGCAAUGGAGACGGGCAACAGCAGCGUCUGUAUUCCUCCUCCACUACUUAACCCAAAUAAAAAUACUAUAGUCAUUUAUAGUAAUCCGCUGAAACUUUCGUCUGGCCAGCAGGGCGCAAAUCGCUUAAACCCAGUGGCGAGUGCAGCGCACACUGCGUCCUGUGUGAAAACCCCAUUAUGCCUCGGUUGGGAUAGUUUAGAGCCCUUUGAAGCUGAAACUGUAAACUGGUCCACUAAAGCCCACUAUAUGGAGAAAAAUCCUGGAUUUCUUCUCGACUGAACCAUCUUGGAUGGAUACCAUAGUACACACUGUGUGCUCUAUGCUGACAUGGCACUGUUUUCAUACACAAAGCCUUUAGGAGCUACUAAAGAUGAGA